UGUGCCCAGGAAGAGAGCUCUGCAGUGUGUUCUUGCAGAACAGGAGCCACUCCUGCCCUGCAGGACCAAGCAGCCUUGGUUACUUAGGACUCAGGCAACAGCAGCAAUGCCUAUCGGUUUCCAGUGAGUCAUAGCUUGGCCUAGGAGGAAGCAGGGCUGGCACGGAGGCGGGGCCAGCCUCAGGCCACAGCUGGAGGAGUGACAGGAUCUCUGAGGCGGGAAUCCCCAGCAGAUGACUUCUGGAAUGGGACUGAUACCUUGAGAUUUCUAGAAGAUAGCGUGGACAGGGCGGACAGAUUUGGCAAGUGCUGGUAAGCAAGCCGGGAAAGCACACCAUUCCGACCUUGGAGAAUCCAGAGGAAGCCUGACCUACACCCGGAUGGAAAUUCCUCGUGUGGUGACUUUUUCCUCUAGUCCAGAGGGAAGAAUCCAGAAGUCCUCCAGAGUGAAGACGUCCAGGACACAGGUGCACCUGUGGUGCCCCCAACCCCGGGCCCUGAGGACCCUCCUCAGCUGCACUGCUGGCCACAUGGAAUUGCCAGUGCAGCUGCGCAUGGCAAGUGGACUUUUCCGAGAUGCCAGAAGGAUCCGGAGAAAGUGCAAAUGCACUGCGGUGGGCCGUGCCACUCCACUGUCUGGCUAUUGUGCAGUAGGGCUCCGGAAGCUCACUGGCUACACCCUCCGCACUGCCAGGAAAUGUGGAGGGCAGAGUGAGCCUGUCCAAAUCAGAGCUGAGGGGUGGAAGGGAACGCAUCAGGAUGGCUGCAUGGCUUGGAAUUUGCUGUGGCUGCUGCUGCUGCUGCUAUGGUGCAUGUCCACUGCAGGUGCUCUGGAAGUGGAGAUGGCAGAGGGGACACAGCUAGUAUCCCAGAAUGACAACGUCAUCAUACCCUGCAAAGUCCCUGGUUCCCCACACCUGGACACCAAGACUAUGGGAAUCGUCUGGCUUCAGAAGAAUGAAUCUGAGGUCACAGUGUUUGAGCUUUAUGGAAAUCACCUAAAGGCGUUACGACCUGGAGCCAUGGUGUCAAGGUUGGGGCUGGAGAGGGGCGACGCCUCCCUCCAGCUGCCUGGGGUCCAACUGUGGGAGGCAGGAGAAUACCGAUGCAAGUUGGUGGUCACCCCUGAAAAGGCAGAAGGGAAGACCAGGCUAGAGGUUGUGGGUGAGUACCUGAGGGACAGGCUGGAGGUUGUGGGUGAGUACCUGAGGGACAGGCCCUGCAGUUCUCAUGGUGCUGGGCUGGACAUGUGGAUGACCAAGCAGAGCAAGGGGUAGAACAUGGCUGAAGGAGUGGGGGACAUGGAUUUAAUCCUGCCCAUGGUGGCCCAUGCCAGUAGGCAUAUGAUGAAAAGGAUGAAGCAGGAGGAUCUUUGAGUUGAGGGUCAC